AUGUUGAGUUGGCAACUGGCAUCCCUGAUGAUGGCUCACAGUCUCAAAAUGGCCGUCACACUCGGUGGAUCUAUCCUUUGCUGCGGCGAGCUGGUUGCAUCCAGCCCCAAAAAACUCUCGAAUCAACUUCUGAAGCCCCCCUGCUCUUUUGCCUCUCGCUCCGUCUUACCACCGAAAGCCGCUCGCCCAUCCUUGGGGACCCGCAUACAGGCUCCCACAGCGCCGGGCUCUUCUGAUCCCGCUCCCGCACCUUACACACGCCUGCCUUUGACCGGCGACAAAUCGUUGACGGCGUACGGGGAUUGGUCGACCGGUCAACUUAUCCUUUCCUGCAGCCGGUCCAAUCGUCCAAUGGCAACCGUCAGCCGGGAUGUCAGUUGCAUGCAACUAACGAGACCUUUCCCCACCCUUCCUGCACCGAAGAGUACGUCGGAAAUGAGCAACGUUAACUUGGCACGCGUCAUUUGGCGACGGUUUCUGGCGGGCCGCCAGCCCGCCAGCCGUCGGGAUAUGACCUAG